CUAUGUCCCUUCGUGUUCUAUUAGUGGAAUUCGCCGUCCACUGUCCAAGAAGCGCGCCCCCAUCACCAGUCACGUGGUUGGUUAGUGUCCGCUGACGUCACCAGAGCCAGAUUUGUGAAGAAUAAGCAGACAGGAGAACAAGCCCGAGGUGCGGCACUUUAUAUCGCGUCGUCCUUUCAUAGAGAGAGAACAGAUAAUCUGUUCAAUAUUUUAGAGACCCAAUGCCUGGUCCCACCCAAGCACUGUCCCCAAAUGGAGAGAAUAACAACGACAUCAUCCCAACGGACGGAUCCAACUGCAUUCCUUACAGAAAAAAUACAGUGCGAGGAGAGCGCGCCUACAGGUAAAUCCGUGCAAAUGCCGCAUUUGGCGUGGCUUCAUAGCAAGGCUUUGAGCAAUAAUAAGGUUGCUGCAAAACUCUGAAUAUUUGUUUCACGAGCAUUGGAUGUUUUCCACGCCAUCUGCUCGAUCCUUUUCAAUUCUGUUACAAUGUAUCAGCUCGUGCAAUACAUUGGAUGUAUUCCCUUUUGGUGACUGUUUCUUGACCAUGGCGUAAAUCGUAUUGAAUAGGCCCCUGCAAGUUCACAAUUAUGCCAAAGCGAAAUCGGUGACAUUUAAACAUAAAAUAACACACAUUGUGUGGCCAGUUGGAAAUGGGACCGUUGUGGAAGAAACUAGCAGGUUAGCUUGAUUCAUUGUCAAAUACACAGUUACUGUCUUGACUAUAAUUGCAAUAGCUGCUAGAAUAUUCUUGCUGGCCAUACGCUACCUAAUCGUGUGUUCUGGGAAAAGGGGCACGGUUAAUGUCUUAGCUCUUCCGUUUAUUUUAUGACAUGGUUUUAAACCCAGUCUGUUCACAUUAUAAACUCUUCUGUUUGGGUCAAGUACAGCCAAUGAGCUAACAAAGCUAGCAGUACAUCUGCUUUGUUGACACGAGAACGGCUGUCCGAUUUUCUGUCUCCCCGAAUCUAUCAGUGCACAAUCAAUGAAAAGGAUAGUUGGAAACCGAACCUCCAGUCCACAUUUUGUCCGUUUUUGCCAUUCAUGUUUAGGGUUUAACUGUUAGGAUGUUGAUUAUGCGCUUGAUGUAAUUGUAGCCUAACGUUAGCUGUUACCAUCAUCUUAUCAAAUGGAAAUGCUUGUUCGUAGCAUUAUGGCCAGCCCUGUGACAAGCGAUGUAAGCUCAUUAGUUGAAUGUUUGUAUUUUGAAUGGUGGAGCAAUAGAUACUAGUAGACAUGUGUCUCCUAUGUCCUAAACACCAGGCCCGUUAUUUUUGCGGAUACCCAUUUGAGAAUAUGAAAUGUUGCAACAACAAUUCGGGUCUUACAUUUUGACAUGAUGUGUGCUCCCAUCAUUAGAAUAAAAGUAUUCCAAAUACCAAAGCUGUGAAAAACUUUAUUUUUUGCUGAACUUUACAAGGCUACACUUAAAGACAAGUUUUGCAUUUACUGUGAAGGGUGAUCAACAGUUUCAAACAUUAUACUAUUCAUGCCAUUUGUUUGCAGUGUGAGAGCUUACACCACUUUUAUGUCACUUUGCUUUGUUGAUGUUUCUGAAGAUAACAUCUCAACUCACAGCCAGCUUCAUUAUGAAAAUGACCGUUUUUAGCUUAUUCCCAUCCAAUGUGCUCCUCCUUAUCCCAUAUAGAUUUUGUGCUACACCCAUACUCAAACUCCUGUUAUGAGUGUAUUUACAUGAUUGUUUACAAGAGUCGAUAGUGUGUAUACAUUUCAGCUAAGUUGGGCAUCUCAAUCUUAUAGCCGCAUUACUAACAUGUUAUUACAUUACUGGACCUAACAUGGGAUAUGCAUAGAGAUCAAUUGUAAUAGAUGUUAUUAAGCAAUUUGACAGUGGGAAUUGGUUGGAAUGAAAAUCAGCAUACACACUGAUCUCACAGAAUUGGAUUUGAGACCAGUGUGCCUUUAUUUCGUAGCUCUGGUUAUAGGCCUAGGUUUACUGGCUCGCUGUCGAGUUUCCCCUUGAUGGUUUGUAUUGUUGUUAUCUGCCUUGCUUCAUCUUUGCGACCGCAUCACUUUAUAUUUAAUGUUAGUAGUUGAAAAUGAUAUGGUGGCUUUUAUCUGUUGGUCAACAAUUGUGUGUACAGAAUAUGUUGGCUAACCAUUCUGUAAAAGAGAUUACAAAAAAAUCCUUAUUUUGAGAUGGUAAUGUUUUGGAGAAAGUGAAAUGUAACUGACUGAGAGGUGGCUUUUUAAAAUCUUUUGCAGUUGGGGGAUGGCGGUCAACGUAUAUUCUACCUCAAUAACCCAGGAGACUAUGAGCAGGCAUGACAUCACUGCCUGGGUUAACGAUCUUCUCGGUCUGAACUACACUAAAGUGGAGCAGCUCUCCUCAGGUAAGAAUAAUUACCCUGUUAACCUUGCUGCAAACUGUUCUUCCUCCCAGACCGAAGGACCUCAUUAUGGGCUAAAGAUAUAGGCCUAGCAUAGGAAGGGAGAUGCAGAAUGAUACUGUAGGUAUUGGAAGGGAGAGCGAUGUCCAUGCUUUUCCUCUGUUCCACACUAAGCUUCUGCUAAUUACCAGGUAAUAGGUAUAGUCAAAUGUAUAGUCAAAGAAACCUGGUCUAAACCUAACCCUGCUCCUAACCUAUCCUUGCUCUGACAGAGAAGACAUACAGUGCUAUUAAUACAACUAGUUUGCGCACUUGCUGUGGCUACCAUGCCAUGGCUGCCCCAAGUAAUCCAAUAUCUCCUGAACCACACACAGUCAUGUAGCAAGGUGUGCUAAUGGUACUAUUUUGAGGUUAAAGCUGCUUGUCACUUCCAGCACUGUCAAGUCUGUUGUGUCUGGUCCGCUGUAGGUAGUGUUGUGCACAGGUUGGCUAAUGGCAGUGCUGUGAGACAUUUCGAUCAAGCGUAUGCCUGAAAAAUAUCGUUUGUUCGUUAUCAUUAGUUUCGAACCUGUAUCAGAAGAGAAACAAAUUGUAGUUUUGUGUCACAUCUUCUGACGUGGUUUUAUUUUCAUUCACUUGUAGGAGCGGCCUACUGCCAGUUCAUGGAUUUGCUCUUCCCUGGCUGCGUCAGUCUUAAGAAGGUUAAGUUCCAGGCUAAAUUCGAGCAUGAGUACAUUCACAACUUCAAGCUGCUGCAGGCCUCCUUCAAGAGAAUGAAUGUGGACAAGGUGAGAGAAUGAGGCUGAGUGAGUAGUGUCCUGACGGGACCUACUGUAGCUACUAAUAACAGUUUACCAUUAGAUAGGGCUUUUCUUUAGUUACUAUGGCUAGCCUAGGCUAUAUUUGAUUGAACACACACAAACACACACACACUCACUUUGCUUCUAAAAUAUAUUUUUUAAUGAAUGUGUCAUAUCACGUGAAGUGCAGAUUAUAAAACAAGUACCCCAAUUCUUUGUUCUUGAUAAAUAGUUUUCCUCUUCUCCUCUAUAAAGAUUAUUCCUGUGGAAAAGCUGGUGAAAGCUAGAUUUCAGGACAACCUUGACUUCAUCCAGUGGUUCAAGAGGUUCUUUGACGCCAACUACGACGGUAAAGAUUACGACCCACUUCAGGCCAGACAGGGUCAGGAUGCCAUCCCCCCACCGGACCCCGGUGAGCAGAUCUUCAACCUGCCUAAGAAGUCUCAACACCACGCAGCCAGCUCCCCCACUGCAGGUAAGAAUACCAGCCGCCUGAGGGGUAUAACACAAAGCAGGAUCAAUGAGUUAGCCAGUUAAUUUGCCUAAAUACUCUGAAAUAACAGUUUACUUUUUUAGAAAGAUAAGCUUGAAAUGGGCAUGGUCUAAUUAACUUGACAACCAAAAACAAAGUGUAGCUUUCUUAAUAAACCAGAAAAUUAGUAGUUCAUUCUGGUUGCUUAUGCAAGUUAGCUGGCCAGGAGUUUUGAACAAGGUGGUACUGAUGAGUAAGGUGGGGGGGGGGUGCCUGUAGUGGGGCUCUGCUCCCCCUUGGACUCAGGUGUUCAAAAAAGCAAAAAGCUCUAAAUGCCAUUUCCUGCAAUCUUGAGCCUUAAAUUAUAACAAAUAAAGUAAAAAAUAGUUUAUAUAGUGGCGCAGCCAGUCCACAAGGUGGUGCAGCGCCCCUCUUACAUUCAUUUGGAAGAACUCUGCAUUGAUUCUAUUUUGUAGUAUACCCCUUUGGACAGCAGACAUUGUUUAUGUAGAUUAGGAAACUGACUGACUAACCUAUAUUUGUGUUCAGGAGCCACCAGGGCGAGCGCAACAACCCCGAAACAAAACCCUUGCAGCCCCCAUCCGUCCUCCAGACCCUCUUCAGCCAAAAGAAUCCCAGUUGCAACGACAACUCUGGCCAAAGGAGAGCGGGAACUGGAAGCACAGGUCACAUUGCUUAAUGACCAGGUAUAAAGCCACUACUACAGCAUCAUAACAAUUUCAUAUAUAUAAGUUACUACAACAACGUCAUUACAACUUAAUAUAUCUAAGUUGGACUCACUGGUAAGAUUUGUAAGAAUUUGUAAUGUUUUUGGCAGAACCAAAAUGACAAGUAAUUACAAAUUGCCUUGAAUGAUAAUUACAUAAUCCUGAUCUUACAAGGAUUAGAUUACUGUUGAACCCUAAACAUGAAAAGGAUCCAAGAAACAAGUAAUUGGGGAUCAGAGGAGCAGCAGUGUAUAACAGCAAUAUUUUUAUGAUGGAGCAUAUGUGACCAUUUGGAUUUGAUUGACAACUGGAAAAUCAUUAAUACUGCAAAAUCAGUUUACACACAGACAAAUUUGUGGUGUAAAGUCAAAUAACAAGAGAUGAUAGGAAUAUCAAUUUGUCUGUCUCAUUUUGUGUACAGGUGAACACAUUAAAACUUGCACUGGAGGGGGUGGAGAAGGAGAGGGAUUUUUACUUUGGAAAGCUGCGGGAGGUGGAAGUGCUGGCACAGGAGCAGGGUCAGGAGAGCGCACAGUUCGUGGAGAGGCUAAUGGAGAUCCUGUACUCUGCAGACGAACAGGUCAAUUGGCUGUUAUUGAUUGGCUCUUCAGUGAUCAUUCAUAGGAAUUUCCCAAAGGCGAUUGGGUGUGGGUUGUUGUAGUGCAACAUUUGUUUUAGAUUCUAGAAUGUUGGUACUGGUUUGAAUAGUAAAUGUUUUGCUACUUGUUCUUUUCUGGGGAGAUAUUUUCUUUGUAAUCACAGGCCUUUGUUUGAUUAAUCGAUCAAUUGAUUUAGGUUACCUAAUGCUAUUAAUUACUUGAAAAGAUCUAUGGUGGCUGUAGCCCUAACAUUUUGCUAUGACUGCUUGUGUCCCCUUAGGAAGGUGCAGGAGAGGGGGAGGGAGAGGAUGUGGACCCAGGGGUCCAUGAAGAGGAGGUUCCUGAUGAUCAGCAGGAUGAGUACUGACUGCCAUCCCUCCCUGUCCCCACCACCAUGCCCUUUUGCUUUGUGAGAACUUUGUUACAGGUUAGAUAUUUUUGUUUCUUUUAUAUUUAAUUUUUUCCCUCAUGGUUUAUUUCUUUUUGGUUUUCCUGAAGACUGAGCACAUGAAGCAACCUCAUGAAAAGGAGCACGACCCUUUUUUUUUUUUUUUUUGAUAUCCCUCCGCUGUUCUGCAUUCUGUGUGUUUUGUUGACUGUCGGUGAAAUGCUGUGGGCAGGUUGCUGUUAUUACAUACCGCCACAUGCAGAAAAGCUCAGACCAUCACAGAAUUUUCCAAGGGCAGUGAAAAAGGGUGAAAAUAUAAGUCAUUCAAAAUUCUCGAUUUUAUUAAAUGGUAGUAUGGAGUAGACAGAUAUUGUUUUUAUCUGACGUGUUACGUAUGUUGCCAGCCUCGGUCGGUCCCAUGAUCCAUCCAUUAUGUACGUUGUUUCAAAGUUAAUGUUUAUUUUAAAACUUGUACAUAUCAACCAUAUUAAUCAUGAGAACGCAAUAAGCAAAAGCCCUGAAGGGCCGGUAGUAGCUCCUAUUUAACCUUCCUCCAUAUGUUGCACUGACAUUUUACUCUGGAAUGGACAAUCUGUCCAUAGAUUCUCACAAUUCACACAAUUACAAAUUAAUUGCAAAAACAAUAUUUAUUAAAAGCUAAGAAGACUUGAUAUUGCCUCUACGCGAAGGGAGGCAGUACAGUCCAUGAGAAUCAUGAAUGAAAAGUAGUAGUAAGUUAGUUAGUUAGACCAAUUAUGACUAGUAUGUGACUAUCUUCAGAAAUUCAAAGAAUUUUGAUAAUCAGUGUGUACUCAAAAAUGCCUUAUUUGGUGCUACAGUGACAGAAACAAGGUUGAUUCAUCAGUAUGGCUUCAUCAUAAGAGAAGGGAGAACAUUUUAGUGUAGACUAGUAUGAUCACAAUAAAACAUUUUUUUAACUUCAAGAGCAACUAGCCACCGUCGUAUUCUAUGGAAGUCGGGUAUAUUUCAGAUGUUUUCAUAUGAUUUUUGAACCACAGGUCUUAGGGAAAGUUGUGAGUCAGUUCACUGAGUAAUUUGACAUACUAUAUUCCAAGUACGUA